AAAACCGUGCACCGUCACCAAGAGACAGAGUAAACGCGUCUAGAUCCUAGGAAUGAGUUGAAAGUUGAAACUAUGUUCACUUCUUAACACCAAAGUAGUUCUUUCUACGUACACAUUCCUCAAACUCAAACAACAAACCCAGAUUUCAUACACAAAAACCAAAAAUGGCCAUUCCAGUUGAACACUUCUUCAAGCAAAAGAAAUACCCAUUCAUUAUAUCUCUCUCCAUCUUACUCAUCUCCGUCACACUCUUCCUCGUCACCACCGACAUCACCACCACUUUCAACCCCCUCAUUAUCUACUCCGAUCUCAAACACCAACCUCAACCACCACCACUCAACCCUACAGAAUCAGAUUCCACUACAAUUUCAAAACAAGAAAAGCUACCAUCAAAGGAAGAAGAAGAGGCUCUUCUUAGUGGUGGUAAUAAUAAUAAUAAUGUUAGUAUUGAUUGGAAGCUUUGCAAGGAAAGUGUGACGGUUGAUUUUAUACCUUGUUUGGAUAAUUAUAAAGCGAUUAAGAAUUUGAAGUCGAGGAGACACAUGGAACAUAGAGAAAGACAUUGUCCUGAAACUAGUCUUGACUGUUUGUUGCCGAUUCCCAAAGGUUAUAAAAAACCAGUUCGUUGGCCUAAGAGCAGGGAUAUGAUUUGGUAUGAUAAUGUCCCUUAUUCGAAGCUAGUUGAGUACAAGAAAGACCAACACUGGGUUGUGAAAUCUGGCGAAUAUCUCAAAUUUCCAGGAGGUGGUACUCAAUUCAAAGACGGCGUUGAUCAUUAUAUUGACUUCAUAGAGAAGACAUUAGCGAAAAUUCAAUGGGGGAAGCAUGUUAGGGUUGUUCUUGAUGUUGGUUGCGGUGUUGCUAGCUUUGGUGGCUAUCUGCUAGACAAAAAUGUUAUUACCAUGUCAUUUGCCCCAAAAGAUGAACAUGAAGCUCAGAUACAGUUUGCUUUGGAGCGGGGAAUUCCUGCGACUCUUUCGGUUAUUGGAACACAAAAGUUGACUUUUCCUGAUAAUGGUUUCGAUAUGAUCCAUUGUGCACGAUGCAGAGUUCAUUGGGAUGCAGAUGGUGGUAAACCGUUAUACGAACUCAAUAGGAUUCUUAGACCCGGCGGUUACUUUGCAUGGUCUGCAACACCAGUUUAUCGCAACGAUGAUCGAGAUCAGAAAGUAUGGAAAGCCAUGGUGGCUAUAACAAAAGCUAUGUGCUGGAAAGUUGUGGCUAAGGCUGAUGAUUCAUCUGGAAUUGGACUUGUUAUAUACCAAAAGCCGACUUCAUCUUCUUGCUAUAAAAAACGUAAAGAAAACAAUCCACCUAUAUGUGAAAAUAUGGAUGGGAAAAAUAGCUCAUGGUAUUCCCGACUCAAUAGCUGCCUUACCCCUCUUCCCCUUGAUGGUAAGGGUAAACCGCUGAGCUGGCCCAUGCCUUGGCCUCAGAGGCUUACUAGUAAGCCCCCUAGCUUACGUCACGAUUCAGAUGCCAUUGAUGAGUUCAACAAGGAUAGCAAGCACUGGUCUCAACUAGUGUCAGAUGUUUAUGACAAUGGCCUUUCGAUAAGCUGGUCGAGUGUUCGAAAUGUAAUGGACAUGAAUGCUGGUUAUGCAGGAUUUGCGGCAGCACUUGUUGAUCGGCCCAUUUGGGUGAUGAAUGUAGUUCCCAUUGAUGUGCCGGAUACACUUUCUAUUAUAUUGGACCGAGGAUUAAUAGGAAUGUAUCAUGAUUGGUGCGAGUCCUUUAAUACCUAUCCGCGCACAUAUGACCUCCUUCAUGCUAGCUUUCUUUUCAAACAUCUUGACCAAAGAUGCGACCUUGUAGAUGUGGUUGUGGAGAUAGAUCGCAUAUUGAGACCAGAUGGAUAUCUUGUGAUUCACGAUUCCGUGGAAAUGCUUAGCAAACUUGAUCCAAUCUUGCGCUCACUUCACUGGUCUGUAACGUCGCAUCAAAAUCAGUUUAUUGUCGGCAGGAAAAGUUUUUGGCGUCCCACAAGUUUAUGAAGCUAAAUAUGCACACAGGUUGAUGAACGUGAUGUUGUAUUCUUUUCUUUUCAUUUUCCAUGUUUCAAUGUAUUCUAAAUCAAAAUUACUCGCAAGAUUUUGGAUUUUCAGGAAUAUUAGAGUGUGUUUGGAUGAGGUAAUUAGAAAUUUUAAAGUAAUUUAAAAUUCAAAGCAAUUCAAAUGAUUCAA